UUUUUUUCAAAAACCGUCCAAAAAUUACGCAUAUUUCCCAAUUUCUAAUUAGAGCAAAAUAUUACACGUGUAACUUCACUGGUUGAAAAGAUUGCAGUUUUUUCAGUUUAUAAAACAAAACAAAAUCGAGCUGAAAUUGUGGAAUUUUUGUUAGCUCAAUCUAUUGAAGCGGAACAAAUUUGUAAAUUAUGCAUUACUCGGGCACAAUUUUCUAUGUCGUCUGUUGCGUUCUAAUCCAGCCCAUACUUGGCCUGGCCCUCCCGCAGUUCCUGUCCGAUUUCCAGUCCCCCUACGCCCAAGACUUCCGCUCCUUCCUCGUGCCCACCGGAUCCAAGAGGAGUUACGACCAUAUCCCGCCCCCGAGCGACCAGGACUUGGAAAGAUACUACAGUGACUUCAACAAGGGGGAGAAUCCUGUGCACGAGGGGGAUUUGCGAGAGAAGUUCGGACUGACUCCCGACUUCUACGACUUGGACCCCCGAUCCGAGUAUGCAGACAGCAACUUCCUCAAGUCCCUCACCAACGAGCAGAUGAAGGUCACGGGUGGCAACGGUGCAAUGGGCGCUUACAACAAGUACCCAUCCUCCGUCGUGCCCGGACACACUGAGAAGGUAUCCCCUCCCCUUUCGCCCCAUUCUGGGGGGGCGGGAGACAAGGAAGUGAUGAAUGAGAUCGACCAGCAACUAGAGGCUGCGAUGGACAAUGAGGGGGGAAAUAACCCCAGUGGAAUGAAUCCCUACCCCACCCCUCCUAACCCCUGCCCCCUCCCCUACCCGGACGAAGAGGGAGAAGUGAAACCAUACAACGUUGCCGAUGGAUGCAUUCCGAAAUGGAUGGAUGAGGCGGAGCUCAGCAAGUGGUUUCAAGACCAGCAGGUCGGCAAGAGUGAUUCUGAACAUAAUCAGGGCGCUGACAAGGGCCACGUCAAAAAGUCAGUGUCGCCGCAUUUACCAUCUUAUCUGAAGGCAGAAGAGAAACGAGACUCAAUUCAAAUGAAAAAAGGAUAAAAAUAGAAAGGAUAAUAAUAGACAAAAAGACAUAAAAGAAAAACGAAGAAUCAUAGCGGAUGCCCAUAGUCUGUCUGAACGACAACUUCACAUCAUUUAGGUCAACAUUCUUUUGAUUUUGAUCAUAUAUAAUUCUGUGAACAAUUUAUGUUUUCAACCA